AAACUAUUUCCUUCUUAAAAAAGGAAUUGUUGAUCUCACCGACUCUAGGGCUUAUAAAUAAAUAGACGCAUAGGUUCAUAACCUCAUCACCUUAAACACAAUUCAAUCGCUCUCUAAAUUCUUUUAUCUUUCAUCAAAUUGCUUCACAGAGAAAAAACCUACUCCACAAAGAACAAACAAUGUCGUCGACGAUGAUCGUGUUGAUGAGCUCCGAUGGUCAGUCGUUUGAGGUGGAAGAAGCGGUAGCAAUCCAAUCUCAGACCAUAGCACAUAUGGUUGAAGACGAUUGCGCCGCUAAUGGAAUCCCUCUUGCAAACGUGACAAGCAAGACUCUUGCGAAAGUGAUUGAGUACUGCAAGAAGCACCACGUCGAUGAGGCUAACCCUAUCUCUGAAGAUGAACUCAAGAAGUGGGACACGGAGUUCAUGGAAACCGAUCAAUCCACGAUAUUUGAUCUCAUUCUUGCUGCGAAUUACCUAAACAUCAAAAGCUUGCUUGAUCUCACAUGUCAAACUAUUGCGGAUAUGAUCAAAGGCAAGAAUCCAGAGGAGAUUCGUACACUUUUCAACAUUAAGAAUGAUUUUACACCUGAGGAGGAAGAAGAGGUUCGUAGGGAGAAUCAAUGGGCUUUUGAAUGAUCGGAUGAAUCAAAAACCUAACUAGCUUUCUUUUUCUUUCUUUCGUUGGUGUGUUUUUUUUCAACUUCUUGAUCAAUAAUGUAGAUGAUGAUCACUUCGUCUACUUUUUUUUAUAAUGAUUUGUGUUUCUUUUUAUGAUUUCAAGGAUUUAAUCUAAUAAUUUGUUUUUUUUUUUAAUGAUUUAUGUUUCUUUUAAUUUGUUUGCUCUUGAGAUAAUCUUUUGUUGGAUACUACUAAAAUAUGUUUAACCAAUUUUCAUAGAAUGAUUAUAUGAAACUAGCGAAAUUGUUUCAGCAGCAACAAGUGCUUGUAGCCAAUUCGGAAUAACAUAAUCUAUAAGACGAAAUAAACGUAGAAAAACAAGUAACAUGUUUAUCUUUUUUGUAUAUAAAUAAAUCAAGUUUCUUAAAAGAAAAUCCUACAUCAAUUUAUUUUAAUUUGCAGCAUAACGAUAUAUCAAUCACAAAUAUAAAACAAUGUAUAGCUAAACAUCCUACAAAUUCAUU